AUGUAUCCCAGGAUUAAAAACCUCGCGCUUUACGCCUUUUCAAUCACGCUGCUGGCCUGCGUUUUUUACAUGAGGAAAGAGGCAAAGUUGGCAGCAUCGUCAGCAGACCAGAAAGUGGAUGCAGCGAAUCAUAAACUGAAGUCUCUGGUUCUGGACAACGCUGAACCCAGCCAGUGUUUGCCAAACUUGACCCUUGCCAAUUCUUCUCUCACUCUCCCGGAGCUUCACCGCGUCUUCUUAACAUACAAGCACUGCCGGAACUUCUCCGUCCUACUGAAGCCUUCCAAGUGUAGCAAAAAGACGUUCCUCGUGCUGGCAAUCAAGUCUUCCCCAAUCAACAUAGACCGGCGGGUGGCAAUCAGGAACACGUGGGGGAAGGAGGUCUCCAUUGGUGGCAAGCACAUCAGGCUGGUAUUCCUUCUAGGGCGCUCGGAGGCCAAAAUUAAUGUACAGCCACUGCACCAGCUGCUGGCUUAUGAGAGCGAGGAGUUUGAUGACAUCUUGCAGUGGGAUUUUGUUGACAACUUCUUCAACUUGACCCUCAAGGAGCUGCAUUUCCUCCGCUGGUUCAUGGAGGACUGCCUGCAUGCCAGGUUUGUGCUGAAGGGCGACGAUGAUGUCUUUGUCAACACUUACAACAUUGUUGAGUUCCUUCAAGAACUGGACCCUGAACAGGAUCUCUUUGUUGGGGAUGUGAUCACCAACGCCCGGCCCAUCAGGAACACCAAGGUCAAAUAUUUUAUUCCAGAGUCCAUGUACAAAGCCUCCUUCUAUCCUCUCUAUGCAGGUGGAGGGGGCUAUGUGAUGUCUAGAGAGACAGUGCGCCGCCUCCAGCGCACCGCAGAGGACAUGGAGCUCUUCCCAAUAGAUGAUGUCUUUGUGGGAAUGUGUCUGGCAAAGAUGGCAGUGACCCCAAAGAACCACGCUGGCUUUAAGACUUUUGGCAUUCAGAGGCCUUUCAAUCCUUUUGAUCCGUGCUUGUACAAAGAGCUGAUGAUUGUGCACAAACUAAACCCAACCGAGAUGUGGAUCAUGUGGACACUGGUAAAGGACGACAGCAUUAGGUGUGCAGUGUCAGUAACGCACAACUACAGAAGGAGUUGGAAAAGGAGCUACUGAUAAGCACGGCAGGAUUGUGACUGGUGACAAAUACAGGGUACUUAAACUAAAAAUCAGGUUGUGGUAGAAACGUGUCCUCUACUAACGGGCUGUACGUGAGCCAUAGGGGUCUGUUUUGCAGUAAGUCUUUUUUUUGUCGGUGGGUUACUGAAGCUGUUGAAUUGUCGCAGGGUGGGGAAGGGGCCGGUGCCUCGGUGAGACCCGGCGCAGGGCACUCGGCUUGGUUCCUGCCAGGCGGACUGGAGCCAGAGGAAGUCACGACUGCCACAGGGAUGUGAGUGACGUGCCACCUGCUAUGGAGGCUCUGCAACUCCGAGGGUGGUGUCUGACCACCGGAUAAAUUCAGUCUGGUGUAGGAAAGCUGAUGAUGACUAAUGGGUGCCAGAGCAGUUGAAAUUAAUGAAAGGGUGGAAGAAAGGACAGUGUGUGCUGCUGGGUCCACUGCAGCGCAACUCCACGGUCCCUGGCCAGCAACCCCACAGGUCCUACCAGACAGCAGGAGAAAGGGGAGUGGAGUGGGGGGGGAGAAAAAAAAAAAUCCUCAAAAACGUAUUGCCUUAACACAGCAGGAUGAUCCAAGGGACUGGGCUCCGACUCAAGCCCUUUGGAUUUUACAGAAGUUUAUUACAGGUUUACUUGCACUGGCAGCUUUUGCACAAACACUUUUUGAUGGGGUUUGAGAGGAGCAAUGUGUCUUGAAUCAUGACGGUGGUAGUUACAGUGGCUGUAGCUUUUUGUGUUGUGUGGGAGGUGUGUGGGUUUUGUUGUUAUUGUAAUGUUGGGUAUAAAUAAAAUACAGUUUUGAGAAGUGUUUUCACAGCAAUAUUCUUGGGUCUCCUGAAAGCUAAGAGGACUAAAAGCCAGAGAAGGCGGAGCUCUGGGGCUGGGUAUUUGCAUUGAUGUUAAAGAGGAUAAGGUUUUGUGGAAAUGGAAACUUGCCACUUCCUUUGCUGUGAGCAGCCGCCUUUCGCUGUCCCUGUCCAGACAAGGUGUAGUGAUACAGACGUGAUGAUUAAUCUAUGAGAGCGCUGGACUCGCCCAUUUGAGGAAAUAUCAAAUAUGAAACUAAGACUUAGUGGUACUUUUAUGAAGCUUACCAGCUUCAGCUCGAUCAGAAGCUGCUGUGCCGUGCGUGAGCAGGAAGCAGCCUGGAAGCUGUAGAAAGAGGCAGAGGGUAGAGAGGAAGCGUGUGAUUGCACAAAUCAGAGCAAUUUGUGUUGUGCUGUUGUAAUUGCUGUCCCUACUGCCGGCUGCCCAGUGUUCAACGCCCACCAGAUGUGAGCUGGAGCUUUCGGAGGUGCCCGGAUAGUGCUCCCAGGAGGUCCUGGCUUGCCCUCCUUAUGCAGAGGGACGGAGGGCAUCCCGAGACCAGAGGUGUGAGGAGCUCUCAGGGCAGGCUGGCUGCCCUGCCUUCCAGCGUGGUGCCGCAGUGCUGGGCAACCUCGGCACUCCUGGCAGUACUGGUGGUCCUUCUUUGAUCCUGUCCCUUGCUGCCUGGGCUUUCAAAAGCACCAGGUGUCAUUCUGGCUUAGCCUUAGGCAUGACACAGACUCUUCUGGGAGGUGUUGCCGCUCUCGCGUGAACUGUUUCUGUGCCAGAUGCGAGUAGAUGUUUGUCUGAAAAAAUUGCUCUUGUCCAAGCUGCUACUGUGUCUUCUCACUGCAGCCUUAACAGGAAUUAGCUGCAUUAGCUGUACCUGAGAAAUUGUCUCCGUGUAGUUUCAGAUACAUGGGCUUUGUAAACAAGGCUGAGUAUCAGCAGCAAAACCUAGAUUCUGGGCUCUGCUGCUUGUUCCAGAUAAGAGACGGGACAGAGCGGGUACUGUGGUACCCUGUGAACUGCUGUGGCAGCAUUUUUCUGAUCCACUAGAUGAUUCCAAAUGCAAACUCAGUAACAUAACGUAGAGCGGGAUGUCAUGUCUGUUGUGGGCUAACUCCUGAUAAGCAACUCUCACUUCCUAAUAAAUGCGUGGGACUAUUUCCACCCCAUUUUGGAGAUAAUACAGAGCCACUUCUGCUCCUCGCUCCCAUUUUGACUUGACUGAGCUGACUAAUUGGUUCCUGUCGUAUCUCAAGGUUAGAUGUGUGUGGGUAUAGCCUGUGUCUUGGGCAGAGCAGGGCGUACAGUGAAACAAGAAGUGUGGGGCAACAAGGGGGCUGGGAGCAGGCUCUGAAUGGGCUGCUUUGUAGACUCCUGUCUUAAGCUGUACCUCUGCCAUGCCAGCAUCUGAGUAGAGUUAUUGUGGCAUCCCGAAAGGAAAACAACCUGUAUGUGCAUUUGGGCCAGUGGUUUGGCAGAUGUUGUUAAACUGCAUGUCAGCGUUUGGGCUGGGCGGGCUACUAAACGAACGACAGAUGCUCCCUUUGGUGCCCAACGUGGACUAUAAACAUCAGACAUUAUCUGCGAGAAGCAGACACUGUCUAAAAAAUAUGCCGUUAAUUUCAGAGAGUGCUGUCACUUAGAAGAGACUUAACUGAAAAGUAAAAUUACUGGAAAGAAAAUUGGUUCUGUUCUAUCUCAAACCAGGACGCUGCAGCAUGUAACAAAUCAGAGCAGUUGUGGUCAGAGGCUGACCUGAAACUGCAUUUGGCUCUUGAGGGCAUGGUGGUGCCACCGAUGCAAAUAAUCCUCUUGUGAUAGUUUUUUUUCCCCCAAUGCUCCAGCCCAAAGCUGUGUUUGGGACCUCCCGAUACUGGCACAGCAGGCACUGGCAUCUUCCCGUGAGCUUGAAUUCCAGACUCUGCCAUCCUCCUUGGGUACAGCAGCACCCAGUGAGGAGCAGGAGCGUGGAAAGGUGGUCUGUUAAUUCCUUUACUAUUUAAUCAAUAAACGCACAGUGCUGUGCGUCUGAGAUUGCGUUUGUUUAAAAGGCAAACAAAAUGAGAUGCAGAGAGAAAGGCUUAUGCUACAGCUGAAAAAAUUCCUUGCCAAGCCCAACUCAAUUUAGCAACAGCAACUUCGACACAGAUGUGCAUCAGAUACUAAUUUGUGGUGAAAAACUUAACGAUUAAUGUGUUUUCUAACAAGACCCGAUGAAUGGGGAUUAACUGACUCAAAUGAGUAGUCCUAAAGUUCCAGUGGAUGCUAUUCUACAAAGCAAUCUCAUCUUUACA